UUUUGUUGCGCCAUAUUUAUCCCGCAAAAAUUUGUUCAAGAUGACAGAAGGAGAAGAAAUUGUUGACAAUCCAACCGAAACCAACAACCAGGCGGAAUCGGAUUCAUCGAGCACCUUCCAGCCCGAUUCGAUGCCACCAAGUAUAUUUGAGCCGAAAUCGAUGUCACCGACGCCAUUUCAGUCCGAUUCGAUGUCACCGAGUACAUUUGAGCCAAAAUCCGUAUCACCGGCACCAUUUCAGCCCAACCCAGUUUUGCCACGCCACUGUUUCACGUGCCACAAGGAGAAGGCGCAGGUUUCUUGUACAACAUGUAUGCGUUCGUACUGUUCGAUGUCAGUGUGUUUGCAAAAUGUACGGUUAAGUGAUCUAGAUAAGACAACUUGGCGGUGCAAAUCCUGUGUGGAUAUUGACAUUGGAGCCAAAGAAAUGAGAAAGAAAAAAAUCCAUUCGGAACAAUUGAAGAGUGUGUUGAAUUACAUCUACAAUGUCUUGACCACAAUCGAUAAAAAUAUGUCAGCUCCGUUCAUGAAGAUUCAAUACGGCAAAGAUGGAAACGAUGGUACCAACAAUGGCGUUGUUUAUAAAAUGGAUCUGAUGACAAUUCGUGAAAAGAUCGAAAAUGGUGCAUACAGUUGCUGUGAAGAGUUUCAGUCAGACCUCAAGUGGAUCGUCCACAAUACGAUCGUUCAACAUUCAGAUGAUCAAAAGAAUGAUCAAAAGGGAAAAGCAAGAGCAUUGUUCAAUUACGCAAAGGAAGAGGUGUACAGCUAUAAGAUGUGCCAUGACUGUUAUAUUAACUACGAUGAAAUGGAAGAAGAUUGGUUCGCAAAUACAUGUAAGAAACCACACUUGCUUAUCUGGGCAAAGCAACGCACUUUUCCGUAUUGGCCGGCUAAAUUGAUGCGUUACCAUGCCGACAGCAAAAAUGUCGACGUUCGUUACUUUGGCGGUGACCAUUUGCGAGCCAUUUUGCCAGCCAAAGAUUGUCUUCUUUACUCGCGCGAUAAUCCAAGCGCCAAUAAUAACCGACAUAAAGAUAAAUUGAUGGAAGCGACCAAGGAGGCCGAACACUACAUCGAAAAUCUGAUCAAGAACUAUCGUUUGUUCAACUAUGCUGAACCAGCUACAUUUCUACGCGGCGAUAUGUUGGAGCGUCACUUGUACGAUACAAUACCAAAUGCUUGGAAGGAACUCGGUAAAAGUGAUGUUCCGCCACCGAUUCCGGCUCCAGCAACAGUGGCUCGACGAAUGUCGACGCCCGUACAACGAUCAAAUCGACAAUCGGUAAUGCAAACACCCGAAGAACUCCUCAAAACUGGCCGCUGUAUGACGCGACGCCUGUCAACCAUCAUGGAAUCACGACCAGACACACCGGAGACCAAAAAGAGAAAGGUGAUUGAUACAACGCAGAAAACAUCAGCAUAUCGGCGCCAGUCGCUUCAAUGUGAACGCCCUUCGGCCCGAAUGAGCGCCACGUCUGCAAUGUACAAAGCCAAAGAUUCAAUGGGUGUAAAGAUGGGUCAAAAGCGGAAAAUGAACCAAAACGCUGAGCAACCGCAUAAAAUUCAGAAAAUUUCACAUGCACCGAAUCAAUUACAAGCAAUCACAUUGCCAUCGGCCCAAAAGUUCAACUUUAACCCCAAUCAGAUGUUCAAGGUUCCGUUCGCACCGAACCAGAACCGAAACACAGUACCGAAUGGAAUGCAUCACCAACUUGGCAGUAUUAAGGUCAAGAGUGAAUUUUGUCCAUCGAAACUAGCGGAAAGAGUGGAAAAAUUUUCACCAUCAAAAUUGGCGCACAAUUUACCCAAUUUUAAUUCGUCAAAAUCAGUUCAGAACUUUUCGUCACAGGUACCCAUGCAAAGACUUCCAGGUUUUACACCGCAGCCAGCCAUGCAAAACCUGUCCGAUUAUUCAACGCAGAAAUCGUUGCAAAAUCUUCACGAUUUUUCGCCACAGCCAGCCAUGCAAAAACUUCCCGAUUUUACACCACAGCAAUCUAUGCCAAGCCUGCCUGAUUUCAAUCCACCGAUAUCAAUGCAACCAUUACCCGAUUUUACACCGCAGCCAAUGCAGAAAUUACCCAACAUUUCGUCACAGGUAACCGUACGCAGAUUGUCCAACUAUUCACCGCAGAAAUCGAUGCAAAAUCUGCCUGAUUCUGCGCCACAGGCAUCCAUGCAAAAACUUCCCAAUUUUUCAUCGCAAAAAUCGAUGCAAAAUCUACCCGAUAUCAAGCCACAGAUAUCGAUGCAAAAAGCACCCGUCUUCACACCGCACUCAGCCCAAAAAUUGCCAAAUUUCGCUCAGCCAAAAUCACCACAAAAGCCGUCCAAUGUAAAGCCACCGAAAUCAACGCCAAAGGGCAAUUUCAACGAUACAUGGAAUUUGCAUUUGUCGCAGGACAUGUCAGCAGCGUGCCGAUCCGUCGUUGACAGUAAUAUGCGUAAACUAACGGAAAGUGUUCGACAAUCGCUCAAUCAAACGUUGGUUGAUUUCAUGGUCACAUCAAAGCCAGACGCUCAAAUCAAAAAACUCCAAAGCCAACUAGACACACAGCGUUCUUACUAUUGUGAAAAAUUAGUAGAUCUACGCAAUCAAAACAACACUUUGAAAACAAACGCCAAAAAGUUCAAGGACAAAAUUAUCGCUGCAAAAAAGGCUGAAGAUGCGAUCAAAGAAAGCGAACAAAAGGUGGCUGAUAUGACGCGAGAAUUGAAGAAGUUCAAGGAAAAGUACAAUGCAGCUAGAAAGGCAGAGGAGGCGUUGAAAGCGCGUGAUCAGCAAUUGGCUGAACUUGCGCCAGAAUUGGAAAAGUACAAGAAACAAUAUAUGGAAGCAAAGAAAGCGGAAGAGGCGUUGAAAGAAAGCAACCAGAAGUUGACGGAAUUGAACGAAGGUUUGGAAAAGGCCAAAAUGGAAUUUGUCGACCAAUUAAAUACACUCAAAACCGAAAACACCGAACGUCAAGUGACCGACAGUGAUGAGAACAAUCGUUACGAAACGCUCGAAAUAAAGUACCAUCAACUGAUCGAUAUGAACAAAGAGCUAUCGGAGACAAACGUAGCAAUGUCGACGGCCAUGGAAAAUUUACAAUCGGAAAAUGGUAUCAUGGCUGACAAAAUCGUGGAAUUGGAGUCAGCAAGCGAACUGAUUACGGACAAAGCCUAUCAACAGUGUGCCACUAUGAUCACCGAAACCAAACAGAAAAAAUGGUGCAUUACAUGCGGCAUGCCAGAUGGCCCGUACUACUGCAGUGAGAAGUGCGAAGAAUAUCGGACAGAAUAGAUAUCAUUGGGUCCAGCUGCUUCUUUUUUCAAUAGUUUUAAGUCAAGUCAUGUUUUUUCAGCUCAUUUUUUGAAUACUUACGCCAUAAAUGAAAAUCACAAGGAAAAAAUAUUGAUUAAGUUUUGCAAUCUAAUAACGAACUAAAAGCGAUAAAAAAAUAUUUAACGAUAAAAUUGCGAAAUUUCGAUAGGCCUUCAUUAAUCAAUGAACAAAAAGGAGAAAAAAAUUACAAUUGUAGCUGAUGUAUAUUCGGCAGUUAUUCUAUUCAUAUUUAUAUUGAGUCCAAAGACCGUUUUUUAU